CAAAGCAAAGAGAAGAUUUGUGGAUGUUGAAUAUGCAAGGAGCUGAAGAGAGAGAGAUUGAAAGAGAGAUUUGUCCAGGUUGGGUGAACAAGCCUGCUCCAGAGCAGGAUGGCUCUGAAAUUGAUUUGCCAGGGACAGCAUCAAAGACAUCCCAAGAGGAUGAAUACCAGGAUUCUACAUUUGAAUAAAAAUAUGUAUGUGAGAGCAUGAAGGAAAACCCUCCCAGAGAGGUUCCUGGACCAUGCCUUUUCCAAGAAGGUUUUGGGGGAAUAACUUUCAUCCACAAGGAAGCACCUCCAGAAAUGAUUAGACAAGAAUAUAAUUUUGAGAGAAGCCUGCUUUUGACCUCAAGUCUUGUUACACAUCUCAGGGUUUCUACAGAAGAGAGCCUACAUCAGUGGGAGACAAGUAGCAUACACACCAAUGAGAUUUCAGACCAAAGUAAAUGUCGGACCCACUCUACACAGAAAAAAUCUUGGAAAUGUAGUGAAUGUGGAAAAACUUUUAAUCAGAGCUCAUCCUUUACCCAGCAUCAGAGAACUCAUAUGAGACCCUACACAUGUGAGGAAUGUGGGAAAACUUUUAGUCGUAGUUCAUUCUUUGUUCGACAUCAAAGAAUUCAUUCCGGAGUGAAACCAUAUGGAUGUGAGCAGUGUGGGAAAACAUUUCGAUGUCGAUCAUUUCUUACUCAGCAUCAGAGAAUCCACACUGGAGAGAAACCAUAUAAAUGUAAUGACUGUGGGAAUUCCUUCCGCAAUCAUUCACAUCUCACUGAACACCAGAGAAUUCACACUGGAGAGAAACCUUAUAAAUGUAAUAGAUGUGGGAAUGUAUGUGGGAAUGUGUUCAGACAGAACACACACCUCAUUCAUCAUCAGAGAAUUCACACUGGUGAGAAACCUUAUUUAUGCAACGAAUGUGGCUCUUCUUUUCGCAAACACUCAAAUCUUACACAACAUCAGAGAAUUCACACCGGGGAAAAACCCUAUAAAUGUGAUGAAUGGAGGACUUUCCAUACAAAGUCAAACCUCUCUCAGCAUCAGAGAAUUCAUACUGGAGAGAAACCCUAUAAAUGUAAGGAAUGUAGGAAAGCGUUUUGUCAGAGCCCAUCCCUUGUUAAACACCAGAGAAUUCAUACUGGAGAAAAACCCUAUAAGUGUAAGGAAUGUGGCAAAACUUUUGCUCAGAGCACCCCACUCACUAAACGUCAGAGAAUUCAUACAGGGGAAAGACCCUACAAAUGCAGUGAAUGUGGUAAAGCUUUCAUUCAAAGCAUUUGUCUUAUUCGGCAUCAGAGAAGUCACACCGGAGAAAAACCCUAUAAAUGCAAUGAAUGUGGGAAGUGCUUUAACCAGAAUACCUGCCUCACUCAGCAUAUGAGAAUUCAUACUGGAGAGAAGCCCUAUAAAUGUCAAGAAUGUGGGAAAGCCUUUGCUCACAACACGUCUCUUACUGAACAUCAUAGAACUCACACUGGUGAGAAGCCCUAUAAGUGUAGUGAGUGUGAGAAAACCUUCUGCAAGUAUGCACACCUUAGUGAACAUUACAGGAUUCACACUGGUGUGAAGGCUUAUGAGUGCAUUGAAUGUGGAAAAUUCUUCAGACAUAGUUCAGUCCUUUUCAGACAUCAGAAACUUCACAGUGGUGAAUAA